AUAAGGUGAUGUGUUACAUUAGUCUUCGUGAGUAACUCUCACGAUGUUGCGUUUCCUACUCAUAAGCGCCUUGGCAGUACUGGCUUCAGCUAGAAGGUCACCCAAUGCUGAUUAUGUUGAGAAGAUUUUGGAAGCUGAAUUCGCUGGAAGGUAUUCAAAUAACAUAAUUGAAGAUGCCCUUUUGGAUGUUCCUGGUCUCGUGACGAAAUAUAGAUACCCGCUGGAAGUCCAUACGUUGACCACCUCUGAUGGGUAUAUAUUAGAAGUCCAUCGCAUCCCACACGGUAGAGACGAGAACAAUACUCCUGACUCUAAUAAACCUGUAGUAUUGUUGAUGCACGGUUUAUGGUCAUCUUCAGCUGAUUAUGUACUUUUGGGACCUGGAAAUGGUUUAGCCUAUAUUCUUGCUGAAGCCGGUUUUGACGUUUGGAUGGGCAACGCCCGUGGCAACUACUACUCCAAACGUCACCUUACCCUCAACUCUAAUGGUGGCAGGGGAAAUAUUGAUUACUGGAAGUUCAGCUGGGAUGAAAUCGGCAAUUUGGACCUCCCUGUCAUCAUCGAUCAUAUCAUUGCUACCACUGGCCAGCCCAAAUUGCACUAUAUUGGACAUUCCCAGGGUAGCACAACUUUCUUGGUUUUGAACUCAUUAAGACCUGAGUACAAUGACAAAUUUAUCAGUUUCCACGCCAUGGCGCCUGCUGCUUUCUUCAUUCACUCUCAAUUUGGGUUGUGGUCGGUGGCACCUCUUGAAGCCUUUUUGGAGGAGACUUUGCAUGCUAUCGGAGUUGCUGAAAUCUUAGGCAACAGGGACUUCUUUACCUGGUUCGCUGUCAACUACUGCUUCGAGGGCACUACCAUCGGGAACAUAUGCGACUCCAUUUUGAAUGGAAACAACCCGGAAUAUUACAACAGCACCUUAACACCCCUUUUUUUCGGUCACACCCCAGCUGGGUGUUCUCUCCGCCAGAUGUCACACUACGGUCAGAGUAUCAACACUAAGAAGUUUAGACGAUACAACGACAUUCCCAUCAGAAACAUUGAAGCUUACGGCCGCCCUACACCCCCUGAAUACGACCUUAACAAAGUGACAGUUCCCACUUACUUCCAUUAUAGUUAUGGUGAUGUACAAGCCGACUACAGAGACGUUGAGUAUUUAGCUGACAGGCUGCCGAAUGUAGUAGGAAGACUGCUGGUAGAAAGAGAUAGUUUCAAUCAUUUCGACUUUAUUUGGGGGGUUGACGCCAAAGACCAACUCUAUGAUAGACUUGCUGAGCUUAUGCUUGGUUACCAUAAAGAUGAAUAACGGGUAGAAUUUUUCAUGUAAAUAAAUAAAGAUAAUUAAAGCAUAUAUUUCAUGA